UCCCAAGUCUCACUCUUCCGGGAUGAGGAGCGGUGCGCACCACAUGUGGAAGGAACCACAGCCCUUCCUAGAAAAAGAAUCUGUGGUGGAACUACAGUUGUUCCGCAUUUGUCUACUUUCGUUUUGAUGAAAACGAAACGCCCCCUUCAGACACCAGACAACAGCAACCUGUAAAAAAAGAGAGAGAAAGAAAAUAGCGGGGCGAAGAGAUUAGAAUGCAAGAGUAGCCUACAGCAGAGUGUUUUCCUACUUGUUGUCACUCAGGCUUGUCACUCAGACUCCGAUAACGGGCGGGCCCAGGCUGUACUCUCGGUGCUCCUGUCAAGAGAUGCGCCUUGGGGCAUAGCCACGAGCGUGUGACUGUGAUCUUCACUAGUUGCAACACAAAAAACGUCAUCUUCAUUUGCAAAUCAAAGUCAUAAGACAGCACGACCUCGAGGCAUGGCUUUGGUGGUCUACGCUCUGGUGCUUUUGGGGACUUUCCAAUCAAUUUCAGCCGGUGAUGAUUGUGAGGCGUACAAUGCAUUGGGCGGGUAUCAUAGUAAGCAAUAUUGCUAUGAUAAGCAUUGCUGUGGUACCUGCAACAUCCGAAUCUGCUGUGGAGUUGCUGCAAUGGAGUUGACUAAAUAUGAACAAAGGCAGUGUGUUGAUGAACAUUUCGCCUCUGGCAGGAUGAUUGUGAUUGUUGGUACCAUCAUACCAGUUGUCAUCUUCAUCUUACUGGUCAUCAUUUGCUGUGUGUGCCCCUGCUGCUGCUGCUAUCAAAUGUGCCGCAAGCCCAGACCGGUGGUGGCUGCCACCACUCACACGACAGUGGUCAACACCCAGUACCUGCAGAACCCCGCCCCUACCCAGCAGCAUCCAGGCUACUAUCCUGUUAACCAGCAGCAGCAAGCCUAUAACCCUGGCAACCAGCAGCAGCCAGGCUAUUACCCUAGCAACCAGCAGCCAGGCUACGGAACCCCUGCACCGUAUGGAGGUCAGCCAAUGGCCAGUGCAGCACCGCAGGGACCACCCAACAUGGCGUUUGGGGCCCCCCCUUCCUAUCAGGAUGUUGCUGGAGCAGGAGGAUACCCUGUCAACUACAGCGGUGCCGCCUUCCCACCGGGCCAGCAGUCCUACCCGGCCUCUGCGGACCUCAACGCCCAACCUGCCUACAACCCCGAUUACGCCGCCCCACCACCUGCCAAAUAUUAAACAUGUCCAUGUGCCUGAACCCCAACUUGACACACAUGGAUGCCGUCUUUACCGUAAAUCCCUGCACCACUCCACAUGAAAGUACCCCUGAAUUGUACUGUCUGGAGCGCACGGUUUACGGACAUUUUCUUUCUUCCCGUUUUCCAAAAUGACUUCAUUUAAGAUUGCGGUCAGCAGCCUUUCAGUCUGGUGAUGUUGCAGAAUAUAAAAGUACAAGGUAUGAGCUCAGGAAAAUCAUCAAGUCGACUAAGAGGCAGUACAGGGAAAAAGUAGAACAUUACUACAGGGACUCAGAUAGCAGGGAUAUGUGGAAGGGAUUAAGGAUAAUCACUGACAACAAAGACAGAAACACCUGUUCAGAUCAAGGCUCUGCCAAUCUUGCUGAGGAGCUGAACUCCUUCUAUGCCCGGUUUGAAUCCAACAUAAAGCCUGAAGUUCUGCUAGAGAGUGACUGCUGCCCCAUCCAGCUAUCUGUGACAGACGUUUACACAUCGUUCAAGAAAGUGAAUGUUCACAAGGCUCCUGGACCUGACAACAUCCCAGGUCGUGUGCUUAAAGCCUGCGCAUCUGAAUUAGCUGAUGUCUUUACAGAUAUUUUUAACCUCUCACUACAGCAGUCUGUUGUCCCUGCAUGCUUCAAGAGGACUACCAUCAUCCCAGUCCCUAAAAAAAUCUACAUUGAGUUGUCUGAAUGAUUACCGACCAGUAGCUAUUACAUCUGUAGCCAUGAAGUGCUUUGAGAGGCUUAUCAAGAUGCAUAUCACAUCAUCUAUUCCUGCUGCACUUGACCCAUUUCAGUUCGCCUAUAGGUCAAACAGAUCAACUGAUGACGCCAUUGCCCUUGCACUAAACACCACUCUUACUCAUCUUGAUCACAGUAACACCUAUGUGAGGUUGCUCUUCAUCGACUAAAGCUCUGCCUUCAACACAAUUAUUCCAUCCAAACUAGUGUUAAAGUUGCAAUCUCUAAACCUUAAUCCCUCACUCUGCAGCUGGAUUCUAAACUUUCUAAAUUCUAAUUCUAAAGCAGUGCGACUGGGCAAGUUCACCUCCUCCACACUCUGCCUCAGCACCGGUGCGCCCCAGGGAUGUGUGCUCAGCCCCCUACUCUAUUCCCUUUUCACACAUGACUGCACAGCCAUCCACAAUUCCAAUACCAUCUUUAAGUUUGCUGACGAUACUACGAUAAUUGGCUGCAUCACAAAUGGAGAUGAGUCGGCCUACAGGGCUGAGGUGGCGGCAUUGUCAACCUGGUGUGUGGAUAACAAUCUACUCCUGAAUGUCAGCAAAACAAAGGAGUUGAUUGUGGAUUUCCGGAGGAUACAACACCAGCCACACCAGCCAAUUUACAUCGCUGAUACUGCAGUGGAGAGGGUUAAGAGCUAUACAUUCCUAGGAGUCAACAUCAAGGAGGAUCUCAGCUGGUCUCAUCACAUCAAUUGCAUCACUAAGACGGCUAGACAGCGACUGUUUUUUCUGAGACGGCUGCACAGAUAUGGAAUGGAGAGUAGGAUACUGGCCAACUUCUAUCGCUGUACAAUAGAAAGCAUUUUAACUGGUAAUUUCACAGCCUGGUAUGGUAACACCACUGCCCAAGAUAGGAGAGACCUCCAACGAGUCAUCAAAUCUGCUCAAAGGACAAUCCAAUCAGAUCUACCCAACAUCCAGGAUCUUUACAACCAGCGGUGUCUGAGGAGGGCCAAACGAAUCAUAGCUGAUCCAUACCACCCCAGUUACACACACUUCACCCUUCUACCAUCUGCCCGGAGAUACAGGUGCUUACGUGCUCACACCAGCCGACUCAGGGACAGCUUCUUCCCUCAAUGUAUCAGACUGUUGAAUACAAAAUCACCAACAUAGGAGGAAAUCCACUCAUCACAUCACCCCUUUCUCCAACCUGCCAUUUCUUCAACUUUUUAAAUAUAUUUUUUUCUUUUUUAACAUUCUUUUUUAACCUUUUUUUUGGGACUCCCAGAGCAGGGAAGCGUUUCAUUGUAUAUAUAUGUUUCAUAUAUAUACACAUGACAAAUAAAAUAUCUUGUAUCUUGUAUCUUGUAUCUUCAAACCAUCGGCAAAUGUGCAUUAACAUAGUCAAGAGCUAUCAUGAAUAUGUUAAGCCUGUGCACGGAAGUGUCUGUUUACAUGUAAGUAUGAAACCAAAGUUUUCAAAAAUCAGAGAAAAAAAUGGCCAUUUGUGUGUAAAAGAAAGGGACACAUGAAGGGUAAGGUAUGAGUGUGGAGCUUUUCCUCACACUAGUAUAUUAAAAAUACAAAAAAGAAUUUAAAAAAUAGAAAUCCUUAAUGCUGAUCUUUUGAAGCAGGUAUUAGAGACUGGUUAUUUUUUGCAGCUGGUCACCUUUUAAAACGCAUUUCAUAUAUUUUUGCCCUGUUCGUAAAAGGCAUUUCAUUUUUGUCAUUUUCUGCCUGUGCAGAAGGGAAAUUUUGUCAUUGUGUGACUGUUGUGAGAAUCAUCAAGUUCAGGGAUGUAUACAAAGAAGAUGGUUAAGUGAUUAACCGGUAACCCUUCAUAAUAAUGGCAGACUUGGUAAAUAAUUAACUAAUGAUGAACAAAACAUUAAUUAAUGUUUUUUUUUAUAAUUAACUAUAUUUUAUUCAUGCUUUAGUUUAGGCCCAUAAUAAUACAAAUCUACAAAUAAUAUGUUCAAGAGUUUACAAACCUUUGAACAGAGUAUUUUUAUUCAUUUAUUGCACAUGAUUUGUAAAUGUUUGAUAAAUAUAAAAAAUAACAUUUCCCAGUCAUUAACAAAUAUGUGUUUAUUAUUUACUAAUUAUUAUUGUAUAUAUAUGUUAUUAAUGCUUUAUAAGCAGACAUUAUAUAAAUUGUUACCCAUAAACCUGUCUGAGUUGACCUACAGAGAGUAGCUAAUAAAUGGCUUGCAGAUGGCAUUCAGUGAUGAAAAUGAGGAGUCCAGGCUCUUCUCCUUCAUGAUUUACGACUACUUCAAGGUUAACUUAACCUGGUUAACUACUGAACCAGCUUCUUGAUAUUACCUACACCCCCCCCCCGAGCUGUUUUAAUAUAUUAGGCACUGUGUUUACAUGCCACUUUAUUUCAUUUUUUAAAAUAAAAUAAAUAUAUGCAGCAUGAUGUAUAAAAUAUUAGAAAUAUAUACAAUAUAUUAGAAAUAUUAGUCUACUACUGUGUGCCUUCGAUUGUCUAUUGUUUUUUUUUUUUUUUUUUUAACUCUUUAAGUCAUAAACUCCAGGGUCCACAUAAACUCCAAACUGUUCUAACCGCGCGAAUAGACCAGGCGCGAUGCAAUUCAAGCGACAGAGUGCAGCAGCAAGCGAUACGAGCGAUUUAAGAGACUAGAGUAUGUCCGUACAGGCAGAAGGCAAAGCAUUCAAGCAUUCCCAUUGGCUGUGGUCACUGACGUGUCGCGUUUUGUCGCCGAACCGCGUCAUAGAAAGUUAAAAGGAUUUCAACUUCAAACUGUCGCGCUCAUCGCGCAAAUCGCUCUAGUGUCCAGAAUCGCUUUUGUCGCGCGACUCAAUACAAUGUCAAUUACUUCCGUCGCUCGCCUCGCUCUUGUCGCAGUAGGUGUAUUUCUACGGUAACUGUUGAUCCUCAGGUUAUGUCAGGUCAUAAUGUAAAUCUGUUCAUGGCUUGUUCAGAAUUCCAUAUUAGACAUUCUAAGAGUAUCCAGUCUUUCUGAUAUUAGUUUGGUCUUGUGUCUGUUUUGGAAGCAGACCCCCAUGCCUUCUCCUUGCCUUCUUGCAUAUUACUUUGUACAUGGUUGCAGCACUGUGGACAUUUCUAGUCAUUGUUUUUGUGUUUACUUUAUCAUAUAUCAUGGGUCAUUUUGUGUUGCUUUGUUUCCUAUUACUGUAGUCUAUCUUUUUAACUAUGUAGCCUACUGGUACUUGUCACUGCACUUUAUCUGCACCUAGUCCCACCCAUGGCAUGUUUUUAUUUGUUAUUUUUAAUACUUCUGAUCAUCUUUUGUCAUCAAUUCCUGUCCAGGGACUACAGAUGAAAAUUAGCCUUGUGGCUAUAAUCUGGUUCAAUGGUAUGGUGUGCACUAUCCCUGUCAAAUAAAAGUUACAUGAAAGUAAGAUUAAAUUGAGCUAUGUACAGUAUAUGAGGAACCAGCACAAACUAAAAGGACUGACUUCAUUUGGAAAACCUUUUCAAAACAGUCUUUCGAUGCAAGAAGAUAGUUCAGAUAUGGGAGUUAAUGUAUGUAUCCAUGUGCAAUGACAGCCAUGGUACAGCAUGUAUAAGUGUGUGCAUGUGUGGUAAUACUGAAGCUUUCUUGUGGUAUUAAAUAUAAUUAACUAUCAUGGUGUGGAUAAAACAAGGCAUCAAAUGCCAUCUAGACCCACAGAGGUUUCCACACAGAUGUCAUAUUUAAUGUCUGUAUGUGCACACUGGUAGAUCAGUGAUAACAGUUAUUGCAUUGUUUUUUAUGUAUAUUUUUAAGUUUGUCUGGUCAAAUUCCACUUUGAAGACAUGUUAUCCUCUUCCCUGUCUAGUAUACCAGUGCCCAAAGCUGUUUCUCAAAUGGCCAUAAUUACCGGUAUUGUUGAAUACCAUUUUUCUAUACAUGGAAAAGCAGAGUGCCUUUUUUACAUAUUGCUUCUACUAACGGAGGCCACUGGAUGUUUUUCUUUCCGUUUGUACCCAUCUGUUUUUGCCAGCUAUUGUUACAGAAACUUUUUCUGGUCUGGACAACUUUUGACAACAUCGACAUGUUUUCACUUUUCUUUUCACUACAGUUUUAAGACGCAUAUACCUCGCAUUGCAGUCUUGUGAAUAAAAAGUUCUUCCUGUUCGUCCGAACAGUGACACCAGA